CGCUGUUCCCUGCUAGCAGAUUCUCCUUUUCGGUUAAUUCUGCUAGUAGGGAAGACACACUGCUACACUGACGAGAAGUUUUUAAAAACCUCAGCAACUACAGUAACCACACCUGGUAAGUCAUAUUGAAUCAGACAUUACUUGUAGUCUAAUGAAGGCAUAUCAUUUGUAAAGGCUUUUAGUUCUGUAAAUGCACCGAUAUCAUAGGGUGAAGAGUUCUUCAUUCUUUAUUCUUCACCACCCCUCUCGCAAAAGUUUACCCCCCCUUUGUCGGCAGGUUGGGUAAGAAUUUACAGAGUGUCAAAUGUGAAUGAAAGACCAGAUUAAAAAGUAAUAAUAAUGAUAAAGAAUCCAUCUCAAUUGUUGCAAGAAAAAUUCGAAGCAUUUGUCACUUCAUCCACGCAUGAUGAUGGAACAUAAUAAAAAAGAUAAGGAUUAUUUCAAAUAUUAAUAGAGCAACAUCAGAACUUUUUGAAGGCAUUUGCACUUCGUGUUUUAUAUAUCAAGUUUGAAACGCUUGGCUCGCGUCGUGUUUUAAACUCUUUGCCUCGAUUACACCUGUAGAAUUCAAAAUAAUUUUUACCUUGAAGUCGGGCAUCGAGGGCCAAUUAUUAUAAAGACAAAAGAAUAACAAAAUUUGACGCCAUUUUGGAGUAAGAUGCAUUAUUGAAAUCAAACAUAAAAAUUUUCAAAAGACAAGCGGAACUUUCUUACCCGAUAUUUGCUUUUGAAGCCAAUCUUGUUUUGAGUCUCUCUUACCCUUGUCCGGAGGAACCGCUCUGGAAGAAUCCAAAACCGGAACCACAAAAUCCUUGUUCCGGUUUAAUUGCGCCUGCGUGAAGUGCAGUUGUGUACCCAUUGGUGACCUGGGGGGGUUUCCAAGGGAAUUUUUCACAAAACCACGCUUCAUUCGCACAUUCGUUCCAAAGCAGUUUUCUUUAGGUUACCUUCAAUAUUGAAGCAUUUAGUAAAAGAAGGAAGACAGAAAUAUCAAAAAAUAUCUUUAAAAGGCGCCCACAAGAAUGAUGCAUUUGUACACCAACAACUGCAACAUUCGUUACAUUGUGUUUCCAACAACUGAAACAUUCUUAAAUAAUGACAGCACACAUUCUUUCGCGCUCGUUCCACGGCUAAAAUGAACGAGCACAGCUGUCAAGUCUGUAAAUUAGGAAGCUCACCGAGGAAAGUCAAAUGAAGAAGAUAAUGACCUUUUCAGUCACUUGUAAGCAUAAGACUGAUCUCUAUCUAAAAAAAUGGCAAUAAAAUAACGACUUAUAAAAGCUAUGUCACGAUGUUUUGGCAUUACUUACUGUUAAACAACAUAUAAGAAAAAAACUUGGAAAAAAAGUAAGCCUUGAUAUAAUGGUUCAGUUUUAUAAAAAAUUAGUCUACUACUUUGCCUCAACUAGAAGUGUAUGUCUUUAACUUUCGAAGGCCAUGAUGGAAACAGAUUGCAACUCGAAAAAAAAGGCCUUGUGUUGUGGAAAAAUGACCAAAAACUAUGAUUUCUUUGUUUUCCCUUUUGAUAAAAUCCUUUAUAUAUCCUUCUUUUAGAGUUCCAAGUAUGAUAAAAGAUGACCGAGACUGAGAAUACCUAGUUAGCUUUAGCUAUAUCAAAUCUCAGCUCAGCUUUGACCAAAAAAAGAGGAACCCAUAAUGACAUAUGAAGCCCCUUAAAAAUUAAGACGAAGGGAAUUUUUUUACCAAACGCCACUGUAGCGUGCUUUUGUAACUGCUUUAUAGGACAAAAAAACUGUUUCCUUAACGGUUUCAAGUCGUACGGCCUAUUGAUGAUCACAUAAAUGGCAUGUCUAAAUCAAAACGAAGUGAUAAAGGUGUUUUGAUUAACAGGUUAAUUUGCAUGUCAUGAAAACAUUCUUAUCAGAAAAUCAGAGAUGGCCUUUUUCAAGAUUUAGUUUUUUCAUUACUCUAGAGGUUGGUGAUGCUCUGGUGCUUACCAAAAGGAUCGCAGGCAGCCAGAUAAUUUUGACGCAAUCUCGUACCCAGAGUCUUCUGGCCGAAUUUUUGUCAGCGGCGCUGACAAAAAAACCAGAAGAAUGAUUUUGACACAAUUUUAAUUCCCAACAUGCAAAGAAAGAAUUUUGUAAAGUUUGAAAAUAGACACCUUUCUUUUAUCGUUAUCUCCAUCUUUAUCGACAAUUCUUAAUUUUUUUUUUUAGUUUUAUUAUCAGAUUUUUCGAUAGCUAGAAUUGCGGCUUUAUUGUAAAUAGCUAUAUUGUGGGGGUGGGUUUUGUUUUAAUUUGUAUUUUUGCGUUUUAGAGGGCCACCAGUUUGUCAGUAAUUUUUAGUUACAUUUAUGAGUUACCCUCUCAAAAUAAAAGUCUUUGCUAUCUACUUACCUACUUACUCAACCACCUACCUACCUACCUUGAUGAUAAUGCCAUAAUAAACCCUUUUUUAUAUAAGAAUAUAUUUUAGAGGAAUAUCAAGGCUGAAAUUUGCAAAAUUUAAGAAUAUCUUAAGAAUAAACCCCGGGCUGAGACUAUGAAAGUGAUAUAGUUUGUGUGGUGAAAAUCUAUAAAUGCAAGAAUAUUUUCAGCCGGAAAUCAAUAGCAAAUAAAAAUAUUCAGCCCGGGCUGGGAAAACAACAUUCCGUAUAUGUAUAAAAAAAAGAGUGUAACUUCUUUUUUCCCCGUUUAAUUUCAGCCGAAGUAGAUUGAAUUAAAUAGACCAUCAUUCACUCAAAGGGACACAACAAGAAGAUGGAAAUGUAAGUAUCUAUGAGUGUCUCAUACAGUCAUUUUGACUAGAAAAGUCCAAUGCGUGAACCCCAAGAUAGGGUAUAAUCAUUAGUCUGUCUUGCUUUAUAAGCGAGACUCUAAAAAUGCGAGCGUUUCUUUGCUCUUUUUUUUUUUGUCGUGUGUGGGCGCCAUAAGGAGGUCAUGCUCCCUGGCGUUACUAGCAGAGACCGUGGAAGCUGGGCAUAAGAAUGACGACGUGUCGGACUUAAUUGUAUGCAAAUGAGUCUUGUGAUGAGCAUGCGUGGUUUAUUUUCGACGAUUAUUGAAACGACGCGCCAUGUUCAUUAUACAUAACAUAACAUAAAACUUUAUUUAUACUCGAAUUUUAGAGAAGCUAACAAGCUAAUAUCUUCGAGCUGACACUACGUGAAAAUAAUAUAGAAAUAUAUAACAUUAAAUGCAUUAUAAGAAAUAAUAAUAAAAUAAUAUUAAAAAUAAGCACAUAAAAAAAAAAGAAAAGAAAAUAUUAUUUACAAUUCACAGUUUUAAGUUUAAGUAUGUCAGGCAAAAAGAAUCUAUAUGAAGGUAACAUCCUGUAUUUCGGUCUUGAAGUCUGCAAAAAAACUGGUACAAAAAAAGCCCGGCAGUGCAUUCCACUGCUUAGCUGAAAAGUAAGAAAAGGAGUUAAGACCAUAGGUAGUUGUUUUAGGUUUACUUAGUGAAAGAAUGUAGUUGCCACGAAGAUCAUAGGAAGAGAACCGGAGUGAAAACAUAUUCUUCAUAUAAGUAGGAAAAUGAUGGAAAAACAAACUCUUAUAUAACAGAAUGAGAAAGUUUUGAAUGCGUUUGUUACACAGCGAAGUAGAGCUGACUUUUGAGAGAAGAGUCUUGUAUGGAGACGAGUAAUCUCCAAGGAGAAAUCUAAGUAUUCUUUUAUUUAAAGCUUCAAGCUUAUCCGCAUCGCGCGCUCCACAAAAGUGCCAGACAGAGGAGCAAUAAUAAAAAUAAAAAAAUCACGUUUUCGUUUUCUGGCAAUGACGGAAAUUUCUCUCUAAUCGAGACCCUUUGCUUUCGCUUAUGUAUACGCGCGUACUCAAUCAAUUCAGAAACAAGUCGUCGAAUAUAUGCGAUCAAGAGACUAUAAAGGGGACAGAGAGGGCAUCCCCCAUAUACACCCUAUUCCAUAGGUAAUUCGUCUCGAGUUAUUUUGAACACCACAGAUCUCAAGGGGGAUUAGAUAACAGCCAAUCACAUAGCGCGAAUGUGUUCCGCAUGGAUGACCCACGCUGAGAGCCACGCGUCCUUCACGAAAUGACGCAGAACAAAAUGGGGGAAGACGCGGAGAGCGGUAUUGCUAUUCCUUUUGUCGACGAAAACGACUACAGCGAGAUUUCUGCGAAAGCUGUGUCAGCGAAACCGAAAUUAAAAAAGAAUCGCCCUUCCUCUCUUGUAUAGAGCUAACAGUAGAGCAGGGAAAUCCUUAACAACUGAAUAUUCUCUCAAGAUCAUUUAUAAUUUACAGUUUGAAGAGAGCAAUUUCUGGUUUGAUGUUUAUUUUUUUCAGUCUUUAUAGCGAUUAUUCCUACCCACUUACUUUGUCAAUUGUAGGCGAAUCCUCCUAAAGCUGAAUUUCAAGGGACCAUAUUCAAGCUCAGAAAGAGAAAUAAAAUUUCGUCGUUGCUUAUUUACGCCCUCCAUAAAACGCGAAAUUAGGCAUUUUCACGUCGUAGUCGUGCAAAAACGGGAAAGAAAUGAACAAAGAAGUGUGUUGCACGUGCGAAGUUGUUGUUUUUCUAAUUAAAACUAUUGUUGUUUUGACGUUCUAGUUGUCGUCCGCGUCGUUGGAUCUUAAACUCCCUAAAUUGUACAAACGACCGGUUUCGAUAGACCGGCGAAAUUUCUCAUUUUAUUAAAGCACUGAGGUUACGACAACUUCGAGUUAAACUGAUUUCACGGGUUGUCAAAGAGUCCAGCGAUUCCUUUUUCCCAGGUGAGCGCCGACUCAUUUCGCUUCAAUAUUCAGAAAUGCUCUCGAUCUUUUUACGUUUUCAUUGCAUCUCGCCGACAUGUUUUGCACGGCGUUUGGUCAUGCGAAACCUCCACGAAACAUCCACGCCUCGCGCGAGGUAACUUUAUCCCGAUUCUAAAAAUAACUCGAGACGAAUUACCUAUGGAAUAGGGUGUAUAUGGAGAAUCCCCUCUCUGUCCCCUUUAUAGUCUCUUGAUACGAUAUAAAAAGUAAAUAUCCUUAAGAAUACUCAACCAUCGAUAAAGUAGGAGGUGAAAGACUGCCCCCUCCUCUCAGAAAAAAAAUCGAAGAAGGGGCCCCUUCUCCGAUUUUUUCUCUGAGGGGAGGUGGCGGCUGUACACAGGCUAGCAUCUAACACGUUAGUCUUUUUUAUUGCUUCAUCUUUGGAAAAGAGAGGAACAAUAUCAGCCUAGUCCCCAGGCGUUGUCUGUUCCGUCAAUCAUGGACCCUAGGUGACGUCAAUGAAAGUGACUAGCACAGACCCUUUCCCAGACUUUGUUCGGACAACGACGCAAAAGAGAAUGCCUGGGGACUAGGCUGAGGCGGAAUUACUGAGCAUUAGAUCCCAUCGGCCUGAACCCCUUGGACACCAUAUGAAUUUUACACAACGUAGUAUUCUUUAUUGCUUCCAAACUACACUUAGAUGAAAUUUCUAAGUCUCGUGAAAUUUCUGCUCAGGAAAUGUUCUUGAAAGUGUAAGUCUCUUCAACUUUUAAGGAAGAAAAAAAACAGAAGAGCGUGUGCAAAUAUUGAAUUCCGGAAGGUGGUGACAGUAAUCCAUCACCUAUGCCACUACGCCACUGAGGAUUGGGUGGCGAGAGUUGGUUUGAUUUGAAGCUAUAUAGUAACAACCCUAACCCUAAAUAGAAGCUAACCAUUUCGAGACAGUGCUUAACCCUAAACAGUAUUUUCAGUGCUUAAAGGUCAAAUGAACCAAACUUUCGACCUUUUUCAUUUUAGUGCAAUUCUAGUGAAAUGUGUUUAAUAUGAACCAAAUAAACAUACUAUGAAGUUUCAGCUCAAUUGAAGCAAGUAUCUACGAGAUAUUCGAAAUUAAAAAUUGCUAUUUUUUGGCCCUUAUCUUCGUAGAGCGGUCGGUAAAAUUGUCGGAAAAAACAGCUUGUGACGUCAAUGUUGAUCAGGUGAAAAAGGCGGGAAAUUCAAAACAGUGUUUUUCGAGUCGACUUGGCACAGAAGUGGUUUGCGCGGCCAUAAACCUGGAAAGAACAGGCAAUUUGUCUUUAAAAGUUGCAAGCUAUGGUUAUAACCUUCUUAUCAUUUAAUUUUAUCGAAGAAUACAUCAUAGUAAAACGGACUUUAACGACAUUUACUAAUUUUCUUGAAUUGUACUGGAAAUGUGCGUGCGUAAGUCCGAUUUUUUUCAAGACGCAUUCACAAAAUGCGUUCAUAUAAGGAAGUUCCUGAAUAUAUAAGGUCCGGAGUUCCACCGUGGACACAAAAACAAAAUAUCUUUGUAUAAUAAUCUGCCCAAAGAAAUUCAAGUUUGCCCACAAUGUGUUUGAAGUCACUGAACUUUGUCGCACUCGAGCUGAUAUUUAAAACCCACGCUCGAUCGGACACUUCUACUGAGCUUCGCAGAUCACUAAAAUAUAAAAACAGUCCUCAAUGUAGAAGUUUUGGCGUUGAUAUGAUGGCAGAAAAAGAGUUAAUCUUUAUCUAGUAAAUCUUCCCCAAGAUCGGUCUCAAAGCAACCAUAGUUUUUUAAACUUGAUCGUUUCGCGCAGAUUAAUUUUGCUUUGUAUUGUUAAGUUGAACAUGCAUAACACCUGUCAAAAACCAACGCGUAAGUAAGAUUUCCUUCAAACAACGUUAAAGUUACAUUAUUGCAAAAACUUCUUUCCAAUUAUGUAUAAGAUUUAAUUACCGAUUGAGGUCACUUUAAGGACCAUAGACGCCACUUUAAUAAGCUGGCAAAGAGAUGCGACAAGCAAAGAACAAUUCCAUCAUGCAUAAAUUCAGCUUAAGUGAACUAAAAAUGCUUAGAUAAGUUGCAAAACAACAAAUUUUCAUUAAAAAAACGUAAGGCUUAAGGCUCUUAUACCCGCUGACAAAGAAGAAGUGAAUUUUCUGUACGGAAACAACCUACCUAAAGAUCUUAAAAGCAAAAGAUCAGUUGUUUCGCAGCCAAGCCAUGAUUCCGACUGCUUAGCUAGAUUAGCUACUUUUAAUAACUGGUCCAUGCGAGGGUCUUCAUUCAAGCAAAUUAAACUCAGCAAACUGAAUCAUUAGAAAAUAGAGAAAACUGCACAUAAGGAUUUGUUUUGCUCGCUUCAGUCAAAUCCUGCUCCAGCAAUUGUUUACGGCCAAAGAGUCGAUUGUUUUGGAGUCACUGUCGGCAGUUGUCGUUCUCCUCUACUUCACAGCGAGUGAAGGAAAAUUUGCGUACAGAAAGAUAACAAACCUCUGUAAUUAACACUGAAAAAACUAAAGGAAAAAACUCUGACUAUUACUACUUGGGCAACACAAAAAUGAUCGAAGUAGUCUUUUCUUCUCGAGUAAGCUUGCAGACCUUCUAAAGUUCCGAGGAAGUUUUAAGCGCUCAAGUUUGUUCACUCACAAGCGUUAGCAUUACGGUUCUUUGACAUAAGAAAAGGAUAAAGAUGGUUCUGCAAAGGUAAAUAAAUCUGGGCAUGUAAAAAAACUUACCGUAACUACUAGUAACAGAAUACAAGCGGGUUUUAAGUCAGUCCGGCGAAAGAAGGCGAAGCACUGGACACAAAAUCAAUUCACAAAUCGAAUGUACAAUUAUCAGAAAAAUACAAACCUCUUUGGACAUGUUCAAAACGUUUUAUUCCUCCUCAGACUGACGGAUGAUCUGUUUUUACUGUAACAUUGGAUGUUCUGAAUCCAAAGUAAUUUUCAAGUGACGAAACAACAACAACAACAACAAGAAAAACAAAAAAAGCCUCUACAUGGAGCAAACGUUCGCACCUCGUGUAUUUCAUUCAGUCUCAGUCAGAACUCUCACAGAACGAGACAAACAAACGCAGGCGAUAAGGGAUGCGCAGAAGCUUGCGCAGAAUGUUUUUCCGCCCUGAAAGACCAACUUUGACGUCACGUAGUCUCCAGUCUAUCACUCGCCCAUUUCAGAAACGUUUUCGUGAAGUUUUCGGAAAUGCUCGGAUUUUCGUCUUUUAUCUUUCUAUAAAGACUUGGGAAGAAAAAUCUUUACCCAAAUCUCACUUAGGGUGGUUCUUGUUAGUGUUUCAUGAACGUAAAGCGACAAAAGAAAAUAUGUCAAUUUUUUGGGUCAUUUGACCUUUAACCUUAAUCAGUAGUAUCACGUGCUGUCAUGGCGAGCGGACGUGUAUUUUUCACUGGGUGAGCUUCGUUAUAUGUAAUGUUUUUUCUUAUUGCAUUUCUUCGAUUGCAUUUUUGUCUUAGUUUAAAAAUUUACAGAGCCCUUUCGCUUUUUUAGCCUAACUAUGAUUAAUACGAUUACCUAAUAAUUUUAAGAUUCACUCUAGCUCUGCCAUUGAUUUUUGCAUGUGUAAUUAUGAUAAUAGUUUGUAUAAUAAGCCCAGUGGCUUCCCUUGGGCUUCCUCGCCAUUAGCCUUUUAAAUAAUUAGAUUUUCUUGCUUUUGUACAACUUAUGCAAAACAAUAAACUAAAAGUGAACUUGAAACAGUAUAGACCUUUGUCACGCUGCGGCCAUUUUGUCUCAGGAGAUUUAGAAAGCCUUGUUUAUGCUAGCCUGCGAACGGCAGACGUUUCUCAUCGCUCAUCGCCGCUGAGGGACUUUUCACGAGGAGGAAUACGUUCCUCCUCGCAAAACGGUCCUCAGCAGCGAUGAGCGAGGAGAAACGUUUGCCGUUCGCAGGCUAUGUUUAUGCACGGCUAGCCUCGUUCUCUCUACAAGGCUAGCCGUGCAUAAACAAAGCUUUUUAAAUCUCCUGAGACAAAAUGGCCCCAGCGUGACAAAGGUCUAUUGCUUAACCCUCCUCGUUACGUUGUUUUUUCGGCUUUAUUCUCUUAGAGAGCUUGAUGUGCACAACAGAGACGAACAACUUCUAGCAAGUCUUCUUCUUGUCUGCCAAUAUCUUCGCAACACAAAUCGGGUUCCAAAUGCUAUCGAGAUAUGUAAAGAGGUUUUGUUUCUUCUCGAGCAUAAGACGCUGGGAAAUACAGACCAAACGUGUGUCAAACGCUUUGAGAAUGUUCACAGUCGCCCAAUAAAACGCGGCAUGAGACGUCUCUUCACUUUUCGACAAGUUUUCGCGAGAAAAGUGGAACUAAGCACAACCUAUACACUGGUAGAAUUAUACCAAAAUCAACGUAAAUACAGUGAAGCAGAGGGCCUUUGCUUAAAAGCAAUACACAUCGCAGAGAAAAUUGGGGACAGGGAAAUAGAAGCCACAAGCUAUGGAAACCUAGGAAAUAUAUAUGAUUCUCUUGGUGAAUAUGUAAAGGCUAAAGAACAUUACGAAAAAGCAAUUGCAAUCGCAGAGAAAAUUGGCGACAGGGAAACAGAAGCCACAAGCUAUGCAAACCUAGGACACGUCUUUCAUUCUCUUCGUGAAUAUGUCAAGGCUAAAGAACAUUGUGAAAAAGCACUAGCAAUCGCAGAGAAAAUUGGCGACAGGGAAAUAGAAGCCAGAAGCUAUGGAAACCUAGGACACGUCUUUAAUUCUCUUGGUGAAUAUGUCAAGGCUAAAGAACAUUGCAAAAAAGCAAUUGCAAUCGCAGAGAAAAUUGGCGACAGGGAAAUAGAAGCCAGAAGCUAUGGAAACCUAGGACACGUCUUUCAUUCUCUUGGUGAAUAUGUCAAGGCUAAAGAACAUUACGAAAAAGCAAUUGCAAUCGCAGAGAAAAUUGGCGACAGGAAAAUAGAAGCCACAAGCUAUGUAAACCUAGGACCAGUCUUUAAUUCUCUUGGUGAAUAUGUCAAGGCUAAAGAACAUUGCAAAAAAGCACUAGCAAUCGCAGAGAAAAUUGGCCACAGGGAAAUAGAAGCUAGAAGCUAUCGAAACCUAGGAAACGUCUUUAAUUCUCUUGGUGAAUAUGUCAAGGCUAAAGAACAUUACGAAAAAGCAAUUGUAAUCGCAGAGAAAAUUGGCGACAGGGAAAUAGAAGCCACAAGCUAUGCAAACCUAGGAGACGUCUUUCAUUCUCUUGGUGAAUAUGUCAAGGCUAAAGAACAUUACGAAAAAGCAAUUGCAAUCGCAGAGAAAAUUGGCGACAGGGAAAUAGAAGCCACAAGCUAUCGAAACCUAGGACACGUCUUUCAUUCUCUUCGUGAAUAUGUCAAGGCUAAAGAACAUUACGAAAAAGCACUAGCAAUCGCAGAGAAAAUUGGCGACAGGGAAAUAGAAGCCAGAAGCUAUGGAAACCUAGGACACGUCUUUAAUUCUCUUGGUGAAUAUGUCAAGGCUAAAGAACAUUGCAAAAAAGCAAUUGCAAUCGCAGAGAAAAUUGGCGACAGGGAAAUAGAAGCCAGAAGCUAUGGAAACCUAGGACACGUCUUUCAUUCUCUUGGUGAAUAUGUCAAGGCUAAAGAACAUUACGAAAAAGCAAUUGCAAUCGCAGAGAAAAUUGGCGACAGGAAAAUAGAAGCCACAAGCUAUGUAAACCUAGGACGCGUCUUUAAUUCUCUUGGUGAAUAUGUCAAGGCUAAAGAACAUUACGAAAAAGCAAUUGCAAUCGCAGAGAAAAUUGGCGACAGGGAAAUAGAAGCCACAAGCUAUCGAAACCUAGGACACGUCUUUCAUUCUCUUCGUGAAUAUGUCAAGGCUAAAGAACAUUGCGAAAAAGCACUAGCAAUCGCAGAGAAAAUUGGCGACAGGGAAAUAGAAGCCACAAGCUAUGGAAACCUAGGACGCGUCUUUAAUUCUCUUGGUGAAUAUGUCAAGGCUAAAGAACAUUACGAAAAAGCAAUUGCAAUCGCAGAGAAAAUUGGCGACAGGAAAAUAGAAGCCAAAAGCUAUCGAAACCUAGGACACGUCUUUAAUUCUCUUGGUGAAUAUGUCAAGGCUAAAGAACAUUACGAAAAAGCAAUUGCAAUCGCAGAGAAAAUUGGCCACAGGGAAAUAGAAGCCGGAAGCUAUGGAAACCUAGGACGCGUCUUUAAUUCUCUUGGUGAAUAUGUCAAGGCUAAAGAACAUUACGAAAAAGCACUAGCAAUCGCAGAGAAAAUUGGCGACAGGGAAAUAGAAGCCACAAGCUAUGCAACCCUAGGAGACGUCUUUCAUUCUCUUGGUGAAUAUGUCAAGGCUAAAGAACAUUGCGAAAAAGCACUAGCAAUCGCAGAGAAAAUUGGCCACAGGGAAAUAGAAGCCAGAAGCUAUCGAAACCUAGGAAACGUCUUUCAUUCUCUUCGUGAAUAUGUCAAGGCUAAAGAACAUUACGAAAAAGCAAUUGUAAUCGCAGAGAAAAUUGGCGACAGGGAAAUAGAAGCCACAAGCUAUGCAAACCUAGGAGACGUCUUUCAUUCUCUUGGUGAAUAUGUCAAGGCUAAAGAACAUUACGAAAAAGCACUAGCAAUCGCAGAGAAAAUUGGCGACAGGGAAAUAGAAGCCACAAGCUAUGGAAACCUAGGACACGUCUUUAAUUCUCUUCGUGAAUAUGUCAAGGCUAAAGAACAUUGCGAAAAAGCACUAGCAAUCGCAGAGAAAAUUGGCGACAGGGAAAUAGAAGCCACAAGCUAUGGAAACCUAGGACGCGUCUUUAAUUCUCUUGGUGAAUAUGUCAAGGCUAAAGAACAUUACGAAAAAGCAAUUGCAAUCGCAGAGAAAAUUGGCCACAGGGAAAUAGAAGCCACAAGCUAUGGAAACCUAGGACGCGUCUUUAAUUCUCUUGGUGAAUAUGUCAAGGCUAAAGAACAUUGCGAAAAAGCAAUUGCAAUCGCAGAGAAAAUUGGCCACAGGGAAAUAGAAGCCGGAAGCUAUGGAAACCUAGGACGCGUCUUUAAUUCUCUUGGUGAAUAUGUCAAGGCUAAAGAACAUUACGAAAAAGCACUAGCAAUCGCAGAGAAAAUUGGCGACAGGGAAAUAGAAGCCACAAGCUAUGCAACCCUAGGAGACGUCUUUCAUUCUCUUGGUGAAUAUGUCAAGGCUAAAGAACAUUGCGAAAAAGCACUAGCAAUCGCAGAGAAAAUUGGCGACAGGAAAAUAGAAGCCAGAAGCUAUCAAAACCUAGGAGACGUCUUUCAUUCUCUUGGUGAAUAUGUCAAGGCUAAAGAACAUUGCGAAAAAGCACUAGCAAUCGCAGAGAAAAUUGGCCACAGGGAAAUAGAAGCCAGAAGCUAUCGAAACCUAGGACACGUCUUUCAUUCUUUUGGUGAAUAUGUCAAGGCUAAAGAACAUUGCAAAAAAGCAAUUGCAAUCGCAGAGAAAAUUGGCGUCAGGGGAAUAGAAGCCAGAAGCUAUGGAACAAUAGGAAACGUCUUUCAUUCUCUUGGUGAAUAUGUCAAGGCUAUAGAACAUUACGAAAAAGCAAUUGCAAUCGCAGAGAAAAUUGGCGAUGGGCAGGUAGAAGCCCAUUGCUAUUUAAACCUGGCAAGUAUCUUUGAGUCUCUUGGUGAAUAUGCCAAGGCUAAAGAAUGCCUCGAAAAAGGUUUUGUAUUGGAAAGAAAGUAUGGGAAUAGCGAACACGAGUCAAUUUAUCACUUACUUCUUUCAAUUCUUAUGUUUAAAGAAGGCAACAUAUCUGAAAGUAAAUCAAACGCCUUUCUCAGUUUGAAUAAGGCAGAAGUUAUUCGACGUCUCCAAGUACAUGAUAAAUUCAAGAUAUCGUGUUUUGAUCGAAUGUUUAGUAAUUACCGAAUACUCAGUCAAUUUCUUUGUGAUGCUGACUUUCCUUAUGAAGCUCUUUACACGGAAGAAUUUAGACGAGCGAGGGCCCUUAAAGACUUAAUGGCAGCUCGGUACUCUGUAGAAAACGAAAUACCAGUCAGUCCACAAACAUGGGAUUAUAUUGAAAGUAUCGUCAAGAAAGAAUCCAACUGUGCUUGUCUUUACAUAUCAUACUCCGGGAAGAAGAUAAAUUUUUGGGUUGUUAAAGCAGACAACCCUUUAAUUUUCCGGCAAAUAGAAGUAAAUGAUGUUUUUGGAUCAGUUUGCAGAGUGGCUGACUUGCUUUGUCGUGAAAUUUACAGAGAGGUACUUUGUUUAGCUCCUGAACAGUGCGAGGAUCGAUCCUGGCUUCCCUCAAACGCUUACUGGGAGCAGGGGUGUGAACGCCCAAUUGUAGAAGAAGAGAACCAGCCACCUGAGCGUACUCCUGCUUUUGACUACAAAAUGAUCAUUGCUCCUGUAGCCCACUAUCUUGAUGAGCCUGAAAUCAUCAUUGUUCCUGAUCGCCUCCUUUACAAAAUUCCAUUUGCAGCGCUAGAAGACGAAAGUGGAAAGUGUUUAUCAGAGUCUUUCAGGAUCCGCAUCGUUCCCUCUUUGACCACUCUAAAGCUUAUUCAGGACAGUCCGCCAGACUAUCACAGUCAGAGUGGUGUGCUGAUAGUGGGGGACCCUAAAGUUGGUGACGUGUUGUACAAGGGAGAUCUUCAGCCGGUAUCGAGGCUGCCUUUUGCAAAUGAAGAAGCAGAGAUGAUUGGAAAACUGUUCGGUACUCAACCUCUGCUUGGAAAACAGGCCACAAAGCAAGCGGUCCUUCAAAACAUUCAUUCUGUGUCUCUGAUACAUUUUUCUUGUCACGGUGAUGCCGAAAGAGGUGAAAUUGUUCUUGCCCCUCCACCCCUCACUGAUAGGACACCUCAAGAAGAAGACUACUUAUUGACUAUGGAGGACAUUUCGAAAGUUCAACUGCAAGCCAAACUGGUAGUCCUUAGCUGCUGUCACAGUGCAAAAGGGCAAAUCAGUGCCGAGGGAGUUGUUGGAAUUGCUCGCGCGUUUUUAGGGUCUGGUGCACGCUCAGUGUUGGUGGCACUGUGGGCCAUAGAAGACGAAGCAACAAAAGAUUUCAUGAGUCGUUUCUACGAGAACCUUGCUCGUGGGGAAAGCGCCAGUGAAUCCCUUCACCACGCCAUGAAGUGGAUGAGAGAAAACGGUUUCUCCAAGAUUUCGCAGUGGGCGCCAUUUAUGCUUAUUGGAGACAACGUCAAGUUGGAUAUUCACAAGUUAAGGUCAUCGAAAGGACAGUAG